CCUAAUUUCCAAAGCAGAAGAAGAAGUUCGCCUCACUGGUUUGGGGCGGUUGAAGACGACGUGGACGGAGUUGUGCGGGGAUUAAACGCGUACUUUGCGGUUGUUCGGUCCAAACUACUCCACAGACGAGACGAUUUAAUUUAACUGACACCCUCGCGCCUCGUUGUGCGGACUCGAACCGACGAACAGGCUCAACCGCGGCCCACAUUGUAACGUGUUUUAGCGGAAGGCUACCAGGCCGCGCAGGCUAAUCACCGCCAUGAGUUACGGUAGAGCUCCGCCAGACGUCGACGGCAUGACUUCCCUCAAAGUGGACAACUUAACGUACCGGACCUCGCCGGAGACCCUCCGACGGGUGUUCGAGAAGUACGGCCGGGUAGGGGACGUCUACAUCCCGCGGGACCGCUACACCAAAGAGAGCCGCGGGUUCGCGUUCGUGCGGUUCCACGAUAAGCGGGACGCGGAGGACGCGAUGGACGCCAUGGACGGCGCGCUCCUCGACGGACGGGAGUUGCGGGUUCAGAUGGCCCGGUACGGCAGACCCCCUGAUUCCCACUACGGUGGAGGUGGAGGAGGAGGAGGAGGAGGAGGCCGACGAGGAGGAGGAGGAGGACCGGCCAGGAGGCACGGCGGCCACGGGCGUCGAAGCAGGAGCUCUUCUCCUAGCCCGAGACACAGGCGUCGCAGCCGGUCCCGCAGCCGCAGCCGCUCUCGCUCCCGAAGCCGAUCCCGCUACAGCAAGUCCAGGUCCCGCUCCUACUCCCGCUCCAAGUCCCACUCCCCCAGGGAGAAGAAGGCCAAGGCCAAGUCCCCGUCCCGUUCCAGAUCUCGAUCCAGGUCCCGGUCCAGAUCCAGAAGCCGCACCCCUUCCUCCAAAAGAGGGUCCCGCUCAAGAUCCAAAAGCCCGCCCAAGGCUGCAGCAGAGAACGGAGGCGAGACCCCGUAGAGCGCAGCACGUCGGCAACAGAUUUCAGGUGACGUCAGAACUUCGAGCCCGAGACCGGAUCCAACGCAAGCAACAGUGUCCCGCUGUGAAAGGUUAUUAUUGUGUCUUCCACGCUUUGGUUUCUUUUUAUUCAUUCAGCCACAAAAAGGGCUUUUUUUUUUUUUUUUUUUUUUUUUGGUUCAUUUCAUCGAUGUGCUGUGAUUUUAUUUCUUCUUCAUAACAUGUUUUAUGAUUUUAAUAAUCCAGUUCAACGUGGAGAGGAUUUUCUGUUCUGAGUUGUGGAUAAUGAUAUGAUAUGUUUGUACUCUUUAAGUUGUCCUUUUUUUACGGCCUGUAUCAGAAAGCGAACGCGCAGUCCAGCUGGCUUUGACUCUUCCAGUUCGUUUUACAGGAAGCAUCUUUUAUCUUUUGGAUUUAUUACAGAAAGCAGAUUAUUCUAAUGUGUGAACAGCUGUCCGUUACUGUCGUUCACCUAGCUCUCGCUUCACGAUGAAUUUAGUACUUUUUGUCCGUCGAGAACCCGUUGAAUUGUAGAGUUUUCUUGGUGGAACUCUCCGUUAGCUGGCUGAAUAUCUCUUUCUGAUACAGGCCCGUGGUGUCACAGUCAGGACGGGGUGGGCGAUCUGUUUAACCUAAAUUACGACCGUAUGUUCUCACCUUUGAGCCACAUUUCAAAUAAACCUGAACUCCUCCAGUUGCCCCAUUUGACCAGAAUAUUGCUUUAAAGCUGCAGUAGAUUCAUUUAAUGAAACUCAUAAAACAGCACUUUUCCACGUACUCAAAACUCGACCGCGUUGUUUACAACACGUCAGGUAAUUCGUCCAAUCGGCACAGCCGUUGAGUUUUUAAACAUCUGGAUGGUUUGUUCACGGAGAGCAGAUCCACUGGUCGGCCCCUCCAGGAAGUUAAGAUCAUAAUAAUUAACACAUAUUCAACCAAAUCCUUGUCAGUCGCCACAAAUUCGACCAGUUUCACCAUUCCAGUGCGAACAAAUCUCCACUAUUUUUGCAGAAACAAGGUUCCCGCACAUUUCCCAGGCAGAGAUUCACCUGGAAUUUGAUUUGAAAAUGUUGUCCUGUGUGACUCUCCUCGCUCAGAUCGCCUACGUAAACCUGGCUGCAGAUUUAGUUUGAAACUUUACUGAAUAAAAAGCCUAAAAACAUCAAACUGUUUAAAAUCUGACGUUUCUGUGCAGCGUCCUGGAUGGAUUACCUAAUAAUUAAUGAGGUUACGUGGAGUUGGAUAACAGGAGUAAAAGGACGGUAAAUUCCACAAUCUGUAUAAUUUGAGGACUCUUUUGAUCUAAAACCAGCUCGCCACCCCCCCCCCACCCCCCCACUAAAGAAGCCAUUUACUGCUGUUUUAUUUCUAGUUCAAUUUGAAAACCCAAAGUGACACACCGGCCUUUAAAGUCUGCUUCAUGUGUUCAUAUCCGACAUUAAACUGCUUCCUUACUAUGUUUAAUUCCCUCAGCUCGGGGGGGGGGGUCUUUUGUUAGACUGGCCGGCAGCUCGUUCAGUGUAAUAGCAUAAAGCUAAUACAGUGAAAUGACUGGUGACGUUUUUAAAGACGUCCAGUGAAACAGACUCCUCCUCCUCUUCCUCCUCCUCCUCCUUUUAAAACUGUUUAAUUUUACAGGACGCAGUGUGUCUCCUUUUUUUCCCUAUUUUUUUAAUUUUUGAUCCUAAUCCUGCUUGUGUUUUUUUUUUUUGUGCACUAGGCGCAGUUGUGUAGCAGUUGAUUAUGCUGGUUAGCUGUUAAGGUGGCGUGUUGCUCUGCUGAGUGCUUGGAUGUAUCCAGUAUUCUCCAGAGUGCUCCUGUGACUACCGGUGGUGCGGUUGCUACAGUCUCACCCUUUUUGUAAGAAUGUUUUUCUUUCCCUCCCCAACCUCCCUCCCCCCUUUACACAUGGUCAUGGACGACAAAUGUGACUUUCAUUAAAGAUUUUGGUGUUUUGUCUACAA